AUGAAGAGCUGUUUUAGGGCGUGCGAAUCCACGAAAUUUAAGAAAGUCAUCGCCCAGGCACUUACAAACAAUCAUAAUGUGAGCAUGAUGGAAGUGAGACGAGACCUGCAACUCAAUCAUCCAGAGGACCCAAACAUUCUCGAGCAGCUGCUUCUCUCUCUUGGAGAACUGUUUAGACUCUUUAAUUGGAGUGAGUCUGGAGAUGUCGUAGAGGCUGGAAGCACGAGGAUGAGGAGAGAGCUAAAGCUUCCCACAAAGCUUUUGACGAUCCCUUUUCAUUGCUUUUGUCUUCUUUGGCACCAAAACAAAUGUGACCCUCACUGA